GCAGUCCGCCGCGCUCCCGCCGCCAACUUUCCAUCCCCGGGCCGCUUCCUGUCUCGCCAUUCUCGCCUGCGCUUCGGAAGAUGGCUGUUUGGAGAAGGGGGCGAAGUUAGGGGGUCGCGGCGCGGGGCGGAGGAGGGCGCGACAGCCUUGCAGGAGCGGGCGGAGGUUUCUCUUCUGCCAUCCUCUCUCAGUCAGCCAUUGCCAUCUGAGAGCAAGCUGUGACUUCGUAACGUCAACCAUCAGCCCUCCUGAUACCCACCAUGAGCUCUCCAGUGCAGCCUGAUGGGGUGGCCGGACGGGAGCAGCUCUUGGCUCAGCAGAGAAUGCACAGCAUGAUCAGCUCAGUGGAUGUGAAAUCAGAGGUCCCUAUGGGCCUGGAGCCCAUCUCACCUUUAGACCUAAGGACAGAUCUCAGGAUGAUGAUGCCCGUGGUGGACCCUGUCGUCCGUGAGAAGCAACUGCAGCAAGAGUUGCUUCUUAUCCAACAGCAGCAGCAAAUCCAGAAACAACUCCUGAUAGCAGAGUUUCAGAAGCAGCACGAGAAUUUGACGAGGCAGCACCAGGCCCAGCUUCAGGAGCACAUCAAGUUGCAACAGGAACUUCUAGCCAUAAAACAGCAGCAAGAACUCCUAGAAAAGGAGCAGAAACUGGAGCAGCAGAGGCAAGAGCAGGAAGUAGAGAGGCAUCGCCGGGAGCAGCAGCUUCCUCCGCUCAGAGGCAAAGAUAGAGGACGAGAAAGGGCAGUGGCCAGUACAGAAGUAAAGCAGAAGCUUCAAGAAUUCCUGUUGAGUAAAUCAGCAACAAAAGACACUCCAGCUAAUGGAAAGAAUCAUUCCGUGAGCCGCCAUCCCAAGCUCUGGUACACGGCCGCCCACCACACAUCACUGGAUCAAAGCUCUCCACCCCUUAGUGGAACAUCUCCAUCCUACAAAUACACAUUACCAGGAGCUCAGGAUGCCAAGGAUGAUUUCCCCCUGAGAAAAACUGCCUCUGAGCCCAACUUGAAGGUGCGGUCCAGGUUAAAACAGAAAGUGGCAGAAAGGAGAAGCAGCCCCUUACUCAGGCGGAAGGAUGGAAAUGUUGUCACUUCAUUCAAGAAGCGAGUGUUUGAGGUGACAGAAUCCUCAGUCAGUAGCAGUUCUCCAGGGUCAGGUCCCAGUUCACCAAACAAUGGGCCAACUGGAAAUGUUACUGAAAAUGAGACUUCGGUUUUGCCCCCUACUCCUCAUGCUGAGCAACUGGUUUCCCAGCAGCGCAUUCUAAUCCAUGAAGAUUCUAUGAACCUGCUAAGUCUGUAUACCUCCCCUUCUCUGCCCAACAUCACCCUGGGACUUCCAGCAGUGCCACCUCCACUCAAUGCUUCAAAUUCACUCAAAGAGAAGCACAAGUGUGAGACACAGAUGCUCAGGCAAGGUGUUCCUCUGCCAGGCCAGUAUGGCAGUGGCAUCCCGACAUCCUCCAGCCAUGCUCACGUCGCGUUAGAGGGAAAGCCCAACAGCAGCCACCAAGCUCUCCUGCAGCACUUAUUGUUGAAAGAACAAAUGCGACAGCAAAAGCUUCUUGUGGCUGGCGGAGUUCCCUUACAUCCUCAGUCUCCCUUGGCAACAAAAGAGAGAAUUUCACCUGGCAUUAGAGGGACCCACAAAUUGCCCCGUCACAGACCCCUGAAUCGAACUCAGUCUGCACCUUUGCCUCAGAGCACCCUGGCUCAGCUGGUCAUUCAGCAACAGCAUCAGCAAUUCUUGGAGAAGCAGAAACAAUACCAGCAGCAGAUCCACAUGAACAAACUGCUUUCGAAAUCUAUUGAACAACUGAAGCAACCAGGCAGCCACCUUGAAGAAGCAGAGGAAGAGCUUCAGGGGGACCAAGCCAUGCAGGAAGACAGAGCACCCUCUAGUGACAACAGCACUCGGAGCGACAGCAGUGCUUGUGUCGAUGACACACUGGGACAAGUUGGGGCUGUGAAGGUCAAGGAGGAACCAGUGGACAGUGACGAAGAUGCUCAGAUACAGGAAAUGGAAUCUGGGGAGCAGGCUGCUUUUAUGCAACAGCCACCCUUGCUGGAGACCCGGCGCACACGUGCGCUCUCGGUGCGCCAAACUCAGCUGGCUGCGGUUGGCAUGGAUGGAUUAGAGAAGCACGGACUCCUCUCCAGGACUCAUUCUUCCCCUGCAGCCUCCAUGUUGCCUAACCCAGCAGCAGACCGCUCCCUCCCGCCUGCCUCUGCCACUGGAAUUGCCUAUGACCCUCUGAUGCUGAAACACCAGUGCAUCUGUGGCAAUUCCACCACCCACCCUGAGCACGCUGGGCGAAUACAGAGCAUCUGGUCACGGCUGCAAGAAACCGGGUUGCUAAAUAAAUGUGAGCGAAUUCAAGGUCGAAAAGCCAGCCUAGAGGAAAUACAGCUUGUUCAUUCUGAACAUCACUCACUGUUGUACGGCACCAGCCCCCUGGAUGGACAGAAGCUGGACCCCAGGAUACUCCUAGGUGAUGAUUCUCAAAAAUUUUUUUCCUCGUUACCUUGUGGUGGACUUGGGGUGGACAGUGACACCAUUUGGAAUGAGCUGCACUCGUCCGGUGCUGCACGCAUGGCUGUUGGCUGUGUCAUCGAGCUGGCUUCCAAAGUGGCCUCAGGAGAGCUGAAGAACGGGUUUGCUGUUGUAAGGCCCCCAGGCCAUCACGCUGAAGAAUCCGCAGCCAUGGGGUUCUGCUUUUUUAAUUCAGUUGCAAUUACGGCCAAAUACUUGAGAGACCAACUAAAUAUAAGCAAGAUAUUGAUUGUAGAUCUGGAUGUUCACCAUGGAAACGGUACACAGCAGGCCUUUUAUGCUGACCCCAGCAUCCUGUACAUUUCACUCCAUCGCUAUGAUGAAGGGAACUUUUUUCCCGGCAGUGGAGCCCCAAAUGAGGUUGGAAUAGGCCUGGGAGAAGGCUACAAUAUAAACAUUGCCUGGACAGGAGGCCUUGAUCCUCCCAUGGGAGACGUUGAGUACCUCGAGGCCUUCAGGUCUGUCGUGAUGCCUGUGGCCAAAGAGUUUGAUCCAGACGUGGUCCUGGUUUCUGCUGGAUUUGAUGCAUUGGAAGGUCAUACCCCUCCCCUAGGGGGUUACAAAGUGACAGCAAAAUGCUUUGGUCAUUUGACUAAGCAGUUGAUGACACUGGCUGAUGGACGUGUGGCGUUGGCUCUAGAAGGAGGACACGAUUUGACAGCCAUCUGUGAUGCAUCAGAAGCCUGCAUAAAUGCCCUUCUAGGAAAUGAGCUGGAACCGCUGGCAGAAGACGUUCUCCACCAAACCCCGAAUACCAAUGCCAUUACUGCGCUACAGAAGAUCAUUGAGAUUCAAAGCAAGUACUGGAGGUCAGUAAGGACGACAGCUCUGCCGAGGGGCUGUGCUCUGCCUGGCACUCAGCUGCAAGAGGAAACAGAGACAGUUUCUGCUCUAGCCUCCCUGACAGUGGAUGUGGAACAGCCCUUUGCUCAGGAAGACGGCAGAGCUGCUGGUGAGCCCAUGGAAGAGGAGCCAGCCUUGUGAAGUGCCAAGUCUCCCCCGAUAUUUCCUGUGUGUGACAUCAUUGUGUAUCCCCCCGACCCCAGCACCCUCAGACAUGUCUGCUGCCUGGGUGGUACAGUUCGAUGGAACAUAAACACUGGGCACAGAAUUUUGAACAGCAGCUUCACUUGUUUUUUGGAUGGACUUGAAAGGGCAUUAAAGAUUCCUGAAACGUAACCGCUGAGAUUCUAAAGUUACAGUAAACCACCAUUGGAAGAAACUGCCUCCAGCGCGCUUUUAUGCUGGGUGACCUACUCCCAGACAUUAAGGAUGGAGCUUGAAACCUUCAAUACAGCGUUAGAUAUUGUUCAUUUCAGAAGCUGCGACAGCCAGUGAAGUUUUGGGCAAAACCUGAGACAUUCGUUCCUGACAUUCUGAUCAGUGUUCUAUUGUGUAGUUUUCUGUCAAGCAGGUUUAAAUUGUUGAUAGGAUUUGUUUUCAGCUAUGAAUGAAUGGGAAUUACAGACAGAUUGCAGUGGAUUUUAGGGAUUUUUUUUCUUUUUGUUGUGUUUUCUUUUUUGCCUUUGUUUUAACACACACUUCAAUCCUUCCUGGGAAGAGAUCGAGAUGGAAGGCCUAGAGAGAAGCCUUUUUUGGUGGCAUAAACCAUGGUGUAUUUGAGUCCUCAUACCAAAGGUGCUUUGUACACUGUAUGGAAUGGUGUGUUGCUUUGUGUCAUAUCCUUUGAGUAAAAAAUUAUUUCACUCUGUUAACAUCUGCCUGGUGUCCUCACACAAGGUCUAUUUGUGGUCUGUCAGAUCGGGAGGUCUCUCCACCCCCAGCAUCCCUGCCUGGAAGACAGUGCCUCUGAGGAUGUGUCCCAUGGAGGAUGUACAGUGUCUUCCAAAAGUACUUCACGCUUCAGUCUAAUCCUAAUUUGUCCCAAAUCCGUCAGGCAUGUAUUCUCACACCUUUCUUUUUCUGCCCCUCUGCCUCGUUCCAUCUUAACUCUAUCCUUUCUUCUUUAGAAAAUGUGAAGACCACCCAUAAUCUCUGUUACUUGCUGAUUUGAGCAUUUAAUUUAUUUUGUUUGCUUUCCAGGUUAACCCACUUUCAUUACUUGAUUCGGUUCUUUUAGUUAGGAAAGUAUUGUAGUAAAUGGUUUAAGCAAUGCCACUGAAUUUUCCAGAUCCUGGAAAUGUGUUAGUGAAGACGUGGGCUAUCGGAAGUCCCUUUGACAAGGGCUUCUCAGGAAGUCCUGCUUUCACCUGAAAACACACCCAAAAUUUACCCUUUGCACAUGUGGCCUGAGUGGCAAACAUUAAAAAUUGAGGACUUUUAUUUCUGAUGUUACAAGCAGCUCACUGAAUACAACACAAGCAAGUUAGCCCCUACCUCUGAAAAUUCUAUUUCCGUGUCUGACUCAAACACCGAAAGAUGAUGGGGUAGAAUGCCUCACACAUUUAAUAUCUGACAGUGCUUUUGAACAUUGAUGUUUCUUUUUAUAUAUUUUCCUAACUCAAAGAAUAUAUUAAAGCCAUAAGUGAAGAUUGUCAUGCUUUUAUUCAGAAAUCUGAACAAAACCUUAAUUAAAACAAGGUUUUAGGGAAGGCCAUGAUAUGAGUGAUAGGGAGCAAUGUGGUUUCAGUUAGGGAGGACUCCCACCUGUAAAUCAAAGAUGAAAGGCUUCACUCAACUAGAAUUAUAUAACUCCCUUUUGUUAUAUAGUCUGACUAUAUUUUUCAUGCAUUUG